CUGCAGAGGCCAAGGACCUGCACGCAGCUCCAGUGGCAGUGGCCAAGGAUGCUGUCUGCAGCACAGCUGCUGGGCCCAAGGCUGCAGUGUCCAGCAUGGUGGAUGUAGCCAAAGCAGCUGUCCAGGAGGGUGUGGAGAAGACUAGAUUGACAGUGACCAGCAGUGUGGAUGCUGCAGCAGGCUCGUCUGUGGGCUAGAAAGUUACAAGUGACCUGGACAUGGAGCUGGGGAAGACAGAGCAGUGGGUGGACCACUACCUCCCCAUGAUGGCUGAGGAGCUGGCUGCACUUGCUGCCUCUCUGCAAGGGGCAGAGGUGGCUCCACUGGAGCAGCAGAAGCAGCAGCAGAGCUACUAUGUGUGCCUGGGCUCCCUCUCGACCAGGCUGCAGCAGCGAGCCUACCAGCACUCCCUGGGCAAGAUGAGGUGUGCCAGGCAGAGUGCCCUGGAGGCCCUGGUCCAACUGCAGCAAGCUGUGGACCUGGGCAUUAUAGGAGCUGGCUUGCAGGAGCUGGCCAGCCUGGAUAUGUACCUGGACAAGAGCGCCAGCAGGGGCUGUGUGCAGGAUUUAGGUACAAAAGGAACCUGA